UUAACCUCAACCCUCUGGACAAAUCUCCCUAAUCAGACUUUACUCCUCCAUCUUAAAUCAGGUCAGACAUCAAAGGGGAGCCCACUACUUGUUUCCUUUUCCCAGCUGAGCUUCCCCUUCUUCCGUCGUCAUUCCCAGAGUGUUGGCUCUUAGGAUUCCUGGGGUGAGGAGUUGCUGAGAACAGUUUCUUCCCCACACAUGCAUUUGGGGUGGCCACUUAUCUGUCCUUUCCCCUCCUCCCCAACUUAGGGACACCUGGGUCAAGUCUUCCCAGGGAACAUGGGGAUGGAGGUUGGAGACAGGAGAAGCUCAGUACCAGAUGUAAGGUGGGUGGGAUAGGAGUAUAUACAGGAAAAGGUUCAAGUGCUAUUAACUGGGUUAGGGGUAGAGUGAAUUAAUUUAAGAGGAGAAAAAACAGCACAAGUUCCUAACCAUGUGGCUGUCUCAGGGCAUAAAGUGGCUUGUCCCAACUGGGGGCCCAGCAGACUGAUCUUUGACCCCCACCCCAGAUAAGAGUGAAUCAUUAACUCCUAUGUGAACCUUCCUACACUGGCCCCGCCCCAAAGCAGGUGGGCUAGGAGGGGGAGCCUAUCCAUCACGGCCCUCUAUAUGACGUGGACUCCAUUGCAUCUUGGCACCUGGAGGCUGAGCCCAGGACUCCAUUGCACCCGGGCACCUGGAGUUUCCCCCUCUCUGGCUUGGGAACUUCUUAAUGUCCACAGCAAGGCCUGCAGGGAACUGAGGGCACAGUCCUAAGGAUGUUCCAGGUGGAAUAGAAGCCAGAAUCAGAGCCUCUAAUUCCUUUCAAUGAUGGGGGCCCCAGUGUGUUAUCUGCUGGCUGGCCUAUGUAUAGGGUUGAUCUUAGGCUGGGUAGGGGGUUCAGUCCCCAACCUGGGCCCUGCUGAGCAGGAGCAGAAUCACUACCUGGCCCAGCUGUUUGGCCUGUACGGAGAGAAUGGGACGCUGACAGCAGGGGGCCUGGCCCGGCUUCUUCAUAGCCUGGGGCUGGGCCGAGUUCAGGGGCUCCGCCUGGGACAUCAUGGGCUUCCAACUGGUCGGGUUGCACUCCCAGCUGAAGACAAUUUCACACACAGGCCACAGGACCCUGAGCUGAGUGUGGAUGUCUGGGCAGAGAUGCCACUGGGUCCCUCAGGGUGGAGUGACCUAGAAGAGUCCAAAGCCCCCCACCUACCCCGUGGGCCAGCCCCCUCAGGCCUGGGCCUCUUUCACAGUCUUCUACUACUGGAUCAUUCAUUGGCUGAUCAUCUGAAUGAGGAUUUUGCUCUGCUGUGCCCAGCCCUGCUUUAUCAGAUCGACAGCCGUGUGUGCAUCCAAGUCCCAGCCCCAGCACCUCCAGGGAAUCUACUUUCUGCCCUGCUUCAUAGUGCCCUGGCAGUCCUGUUGCUCAGCCUCCCUGCUCCCCUCUCCCUGCUGCUGCUACGGCUCCUGGGACCUCGUCUAUUGCAGCCCCUGCUGGGCUUCCUGGGGGCCCUGGCCGUGGGCACUCUUUGUGGGGAUGCACUGCUACACCUGCUGCCACAUGCAAAAGGAGGGCAACACACAGGAUCUAGCGGACAACCAGAGGAGGACCUGGGUCCAGGGAUAUCGGUGCUUGGAGGCCUCUUCCUGCUCUUCACACUGGAGAACACACUGGGGCUUUUGCAGAACAGAGGUCUCCGGCCAAGAUGCUGCAGGCGAAAAAGGGACCUCGAAACACCAAACUUGGACCCCGAGGAUGGCAGUGGGAUGGCCCUUCGGCCCCUACAGGCAGCUCCAGAGACAGGGGCUCAGGGCCAGAGGGAGCAGAACAGCCAGUCCUCACCAGCACCAGCCCUUCCUGGGCACCAAAGCCACAGUCACAGGCACCAGGGUGGCAGCAGUGCCAACAUCACAUGGAUGGUCCUUCUAGGAGACGGUCUACACAACCUCACUGAUGGGCUGGCCAUAGGUGCUGCCUUCUCCGAUGGUUUCUCCAGUGGCCUCAGCACUACCCUAGCAGUCUUCUGCCAUGAGCUGCCCCAUGAACUGGGUGACUUUGCAAUGCUGCUCCAGGCAGGGCUGUCCUUUCGGAGGCUGCUGCUGCUGAGUCUUGUGUCUGGAGCCCUGGGUCUUGGGGGUGCAGCACUUGGGGUGGGGCUCAGCUUGGGCCCUAUCCCCCUCACUCCCUGGGUGUUUGGGAUCACUGCUGGGGUCUUCCUCUAUGUGGCCCUUGUGGACAUGCUGCCAGCCCUGCUUCGUCCUCCAGAGCCCCUGCCUACUCUCCAUGUGCUACUGCAGGGGCUGGGGCUGCUGCUGGGGGGCAGCCUCAUGCUUACCAUAGCCCUGUUGGAGGAGCAGCUCUUGCCCCUGGUCCCUGAUGGCUGAUGGGGGCCAGGGGCAAGGGGUUCAGGUUGCCCUUCCUUCCCCCCAACCACAGGAAUGGAGGCGGGACACAGGGCCAGUAGGAGCAAUAGGAUUUUAAUAAACAGAACCCAUCCCAAA